AUGUAUUUGUUUUCUCUGUUAUCUCUUUCAGUUUGUGGCAAUGGUGUUUGCGAGACCAAAGAGAACGAAACUUGUUCGACAUGCCCCGCGGAUUGCGACCGAUGUCCGUUGCCCAAGGGAGCUGUUGCCGCCAUUGCUUGCUCGUGCGUCCUUGUAAUGGCGGUCUUCUGCGUGGUGAUUGGGUAUUUCUACUGGAGGCAGGAGAAGAUGCUCUGGGACGAGAGUUGGAUCGUCAACUAUGACGACAUUAAACCAGAUACUGGAUUACGCGGGUACACUGGCAGCGUGAUAAGCGUCAGGACAGACAAUGAAGCGUCAAGUAUUGGUGGGUUGGCGUCUGUGGCCCACCAGAAGCAGCUAUUCGCCCAGACUGGAAUACUAAACGGACAGACAAUUGCUAUCAAAAUAAUCAAUAAAAUAUCUUUCGCCUUGGAUAAAAGAAUCCGCAAAGAAGUCAAACAAGUCAGGGAUAUCCACCACGCAAAUCUCUGCAAGUUCAUGGGCGGAUGUGUAGAUGUUCCAAACGUUGCCAUAGCAACGGAGUAUUGUCCAAAAGGUAGUCUCACUGAUGUGCUUCUAAACGAUGACGUUCCUCUCAACUGGAGCUUCAGAUUUUCAUUCUGUAGCGACAUAGCGAGGGGUAUGAAUCAAUUACACAGUAAUAGAAUCUGCCACGGGCGUCUCAAGUCAUCCAACUGCGUGGUAGACGAUAGAUGGGUGGUGAAAAUAACCGAUUACGGUUUAUCGACGUUCAGAAGACCUGACGGGAACCAGAACGUUGAAGAUGAAACAUAUAAUUCAAGAGUGGCGCGAGUCUACCUCCCUCCUGAGAUCCUGGAGUGUCCUAGUCUAACGCUCACACCACCUGUAGAUGUUUAUAGUUUUGCAGUCAUUUUAGUAGAAAUUGCCACGAGAAACGAACCUUGCGACUCGCAAGAUCUCGAUAAUGUAGACGGUAGGUGGCGCCCUUCUCUUCCCGAUCUCACUUCUUCAGACGCCUUACCCGACGACGAGAGAUGCCCGUGUCCCGAGGAAUACAAAAAGCUCAUCGAAAGAUGCUGGCAGACCAACCCGACCCUGCGGCCAACCUUCUCCCAGAUCAAGACGACGAUACACAGUAUCAACCCCAACAAGCUCAGCCCCGUCGACAUGAUGAUGCAACUCAUGGAGAAGUACUCCAGACAUCUGGAAGCGCUCGUGAAUGAGAGGACACAAGAUCUGGAGUUGGAGAAACAAAAAACGGAUCGUCUUCUCUACAGUAUGCUGCCCAAACCCGUUGCAGACAACUUACGGCAGGGGAUCCCAUCCAAAGCCGAGUCUUUUGAAAGUUGCACAAUAUUCUUCAGCGAUAUUGUUGGGUUUACAAGUCUAUCCAGCGGCAGUUCGCCUUACGAGGUCGUCGCACUUCUGAACAAACUCUACGUGACCUUUGACUCCAUAAUCGACGCGUAUGACGUGUAUAAAGUGGAGACAAUCGGAGAUGCGUAUAUGGUCGUCUCUGGCAUUCCAAAACGCAAUGGUUUACUACACGCUGGAGAGAUCGCCAGUAUGGCAAUAGACUUGGUACAAGUCUGCGAAACGUUUAUAAUUCCCCACAGGCAAGACAUGAAACUGAGAAUACGAGCCGGCAUCCAUUCGGGCUCCGUUGUAGCGGGUGUUGUCGGCCUCAAGAUGCCAAGAUAUUGUCUCUUCGGCGAUACAGUCAACACAGCGUCUCGAAUGGAGUCUACAGGCGAAGCCCUCAAGAUCCAAGCGAGCGAGGCAUGCGUGAAGAUCCUGGAAGUUCUUGGUGGAUACCAUACCGCCAUACGAGGCGAAAUGCCCGUUAAGGGCAAAGGAAUAAUGAUAACGUACUGGGUGGAAGGGAAAGACCAACCUGCAACUGACUCCACGCAGACUCUACUCACAGCGACCAACGUGGUACUAAACGGCGACCCUGACAAGCCCGCCAGUUCGCCACGGGAACAACUCUCCGUCAGCGACAUCAACGAAGAGGUCAACCGAAAGGUGUCUUUACCAGUUACUCUGCAUCCCAAAGGUUCAAUUGAUGACAGAGAUGUUACCGAGAAAUCUUGCCUGAUCAACGAGAGUCAAGUAUGAUGAUCGUCAAGACUAAACACAUUUCCCAUGGCCCUGAUCCCUGCUCGCGUCACGUCUUGCCCGGACAACUCUCUCCCCGGUUCCCGAGCCCGUUACCAAUGCACCGAGAACACGUAUUGUCUUAACCUAGGUAUACGAAACCUAAAAGGAAAGCAUUAAGUGGAAAUACUCAUUGUAAAAGUUCAUGUGUCGUGACGUUAUUUUAUUUUUAUUUUGUCAGUCUUGAAAAAAAAUUAACGAUAUUUGUCACGCUCAAACUAUGCGAGGUGGUGCUUCAUGCGGUACAGUAUAAUAUGGAUAUGUGGGAAAAUACAAACUGUGAGCCAUUUAUAAUCCACGGCUUUGGUUUGGAUUCGGCUUCAGACUCCGUUCUCUACGUACGCAAAGCACGCACAGCUGUCAACACAACCGCGGGACCAAGCUAGCCUGAUUAGCCGAAUCUGGAGCCGAAGCCGUUUAGCGUCUUUGGCUGAGUCGAUAGUCGUUGGCUUCGUAGUCGUGGCAGGGUUCAGUCCACUGAUCUCUAAUAGAGACCAGUGGUUCAGGAUCAGCCGAAGCCGAAGAGGACAGUCAGGCGAAACAUACCAGUGCCAAAUUUCAUAGCGCUGCUUAACGGUGAGCAAAUUUGCGUGUUUACUGUAGCAGAAAAAUGUGCUUAAGCCUCAGCGUAUUUCACAGGUUAGCAGAAAAAUUGGGCGACCAUAAUUAUUGCGUGUUAACCGUAGAUUUGCAUUGUGACGUCAUUUGUUUUCGUGCGGUAAGCACCGGAAGGUGACGGUUAGCAGUGCUAUGAAAUAUAAAUUGCACAGUCUGCACAAAAUCGGCUGCUAAGCAGCGCUAUGAAAUUGGACCCAGGCGUUAAGUUGACCAGUGAUGUGCAGUGCUGCCCUCUGUUGAAAAAAAUUAAAAAAUAAAUAAACCGCAUACAGCGCUGGGUAUAACGUGAGUGGUCGCAAUCGAUGUUGUUCAAGCUUCUUGUAUUAUUAGUAUCGAUGGGGUAACCAAACUGAAAGGGUAACCAAAAUAUGAAGUGACAUUAUUAGUGAUUAUUAACCAACGCACACAGCUGAAUAAUGUUGUAUCAAGCCCCUUGCCAAUAGGAACUAUACCACGCACACAAAACUGCCUUCGUGACGUCAUUCAAAAUAUUGUUGUGGUUGGUAGGACGUAGAAUGAAAGAUUAGAUUACUAACUAGCUUUUCGAUGUCAUAGAAAUGCCGAAAUAAUUUUAUUGGUAAAAAAGGGGAUUUUGAAAUGGAGGCAUUUUGAAAAUGAUGCACUUUUUAUUAAAAAAAAUGAGGUAAAUCUAUAAAUAAUAGAUACCGACAACGCUUAGACUCAAGACAUGUUGACGCCAACUUGUUUUCAUCGGUAAACCGAGCUGAAUUAUGAGCCUUGAAAUAGUCUGUCCCCUGUUUUGUAUCAUAAUAAUCUGUGUUCCAAUUAACCGGUGAACAAGACAAAGAUGGUAGCAUGGAUGGGCAUGAGCUUUUGACUGUUGUAGUUGCCUAUCAGGGGGACAAUACAGACGCGACGGAGACUAAAUAAAAAAAACUGGACUCGACGUGACACUGACAGACUCGUACUCGUGAUAAUGACGGCAUUAGACGAUGACUUGCCCCGACAUCUGACGUGAAACCAUUUAGAAAUGUUCGCUCAAAUUUUAGACGCUCAACAAACGGACACUAAAAAUGCAAUAAUGCUUGUUUAUUUAUUAUUUAUUGUCAAAAACAAAUGGGGGGGGGGGCUCGGA